AUGUUAUUAGUGGUCACAAACCAUUGCGGAGCAAUGUUAGUAUUUGAAGUAAACGUCAAGGAGUUACUGAAACCUCAACGGAAGAUGGCCAUUAGGGUGUCGUACGCCAAUUGUACCGUAUCGACCAACGCUAUACUGGUCGUGUCAGGACUGCUGCCCUUACACAUAAAGGUGCUUGAAAGAACGGCUAUGCGGGUAGCACAGAAGGCGGGCUCGACUCUUCCGUCGAAGAAAGAGCUGAGAGAGGAGUCACUAAGCAAGUGGCAGAACGAGUGGGAGAAAUCAGUGACGGGCGAAUGGACGAGGAGGUUAAUUCCUGAUGUGCGACUAUGGGUCUCAAGAUCGUUUGGCCCAGUGAAUUUUCAUAUCACCCAGUUUCUCACUGGGCACAGAUGUUUUGGGAUGUAUCUGUGGAGGUUCAAGAAGCUGGAUACCCCCGUGUGCCAUAAUUGUCAGGCACCGAUGGAACACCCUGAACAUGCGUUUUUCAUAUGCGACCAUAGGCGCCGCCAGGAAUUUUAUCAGGGGGGUGCAUUGUGCAAGUAG